AUGAGAAACCCCCUCGACUUCUUCCGUAGCUCAGCGCCGAAGGAGGAAGACCCAUCGACCAAUCCACCCAAAUCCCUCACUGAGCAGGCGGCCCAGGCAACUCAAGAAGCCGCCGAGCGUCUACAUCGUCAACUGACGACCACAGCCGAUGGCGUGAGCAAUAACAACGCCUUCGCGCAACCUGAGACCUACGUUGCCGCUGUAGUACUCACCACUGCAGCGCUCGUGCUCCGCCGCUUCUACAAGUCUCACCUUCGUCGAAUCCCACAGGCCACCGACAUCCCAGCCCGCUUCUUACGCUCCCGCUCCAUCUUCGGCCGUGUAGCCUCAGUCGGCGACGGCGACAACUUCCGUUUGUAUCACACGCCCGGCGGCUUGUUGACUGGCUGGGGCAUCCUCCCUUGGCGACGCGUACCCACCGCGAAGAAGGCGCUGCAGAAUCAGACUAUUCACGUGCGGCUAGCGGGCAUUGAUGCGCCUGAGCUGCCGCAUUUUGGCCGCCCCGAGCAGCCCUAUGCACAAGACGCGCUGAACUGGUUGACGGGGUACAUUGGGGAGAGGAGAGUCAGGGCAUAUGUGUACAAGCAGGAUCAGUAUUCGAGAGUCGUCGCAACCGUAUUCGUCCGCAAAUGGCUACUAAGGAGGGACGUGGGUCUGCAGAUGUUGCGGGAGGGGUUCGCUACUGUCUACGAAGCGAAUACGGGAGCUGAGUUUGGGACAAAGCAAACCGAGGAGAAAUAUCGGAAAGCAGAGCAGUGGGCGAAAUUCAGGCGGAAGGGGUUGUGGGCUGGGAGGAAGGAUGCUGGGUUCGAGACACCGGGCGAGUAUAAGAAGCGGUUUGGGAGUGGGAGUCCGGUGUAG